CAGAAGGACCGUCCUAGUAAUGGGCGUGACAUACUGUAUCCAUCCUGCUCUCGAGCGCGCGGCACUGUUCAGUCUAUUACAGCCACUCAUAUAGCCUACAGAGAUGGAUCUCGAACAAAUGGGACCCCAAACCUUCCUGUACGGUUGUGAGCUCAAAGCAGGCAAAGAGGUCAGUUUUAAUCCGGAAGAUGACGAUUGUGAUCAUCAGUUAUCAGUCAGAAUGGUCUGCGUUGACCCCAAAACAAAAGAUGAACUGAACGUCGUGGAGAUCGAAGGGGAAGAUUCAGAGGGUCAGAAGGUCAAGGCAGUUCUGGCCACGCUCAAGCCGUCCUCUCUCCCCAGUGUGUGUUUGGGUGGAUUUGAGAUCACUCCACCUGUUGUGUUCCGUCUACGCUCUGGUUCCGGUCCGGUUCACAUUAGUGGACAGCAUCUCGUCAUCAUGGGAGGAGACCAGUCCUUUGAUGAAGACGAGGAGGAGGAAGAAGAGGAGGAGACACUGACCACAUCUAAGAAGAGGCCAGCGUUGGCGUCUCAGAAUCCUUCAAAAAAAAUGAAGUUGGAAGCAGAAGAGGAGGAGGAUGAUGAUGACGACGACGAUGAUGAUGAUGAUGAGGAUGACGAUGAUGAUGAGGAGGAGGAUGGUGAAGAUGAUGAGGAGGAGGAAAGUGAAGAAGAAACUCCUGUAAAGGAAAAGAAGGCACCAUCCAAACCACAGACCCCUGCACAGAACGGAAAAGGACCCAAGGCCAAUACGCCUGCUAAACAGAACAAGACUCCUGAAAAGAACAAAAAGGAUGACAAAAAAGCACAGUCACCCAAAACGCCACAGACGCCACGGGUUUUCACUGUCCCAGAGAUCAAAUCCAAGAUGAUGGCGAGUGUAGAAAAGGGUGUAGCAUUGCCAAAAUUACAGCCGAAGUUUGAGAACUAUGUAAAGAACGGCUUCAGAGUCACAGAUGCAAAGGUAAUCGAGGAGCUCUGGAAAUGGAGACAGAGUGUCAAAUAAAUGAACUAAAACCCCUUUUAUCUUGCUUAAAUUAUUAGGCACCCCUUUUUUUACCCUUUUUUUUUUUUUUUUUUUGAGCAUGAUUUUACUUUUUGGUUAACUUCAAUUUUAUGUUUGUCCAACAUAUUCCUCAGUUUUUAUCUAAAAUCCGUGCCAUUCUUUGAAAAGACCUUUUUCAUCCCUUGCAAUCUGGCCUCCCUCACCCCUGUGGUGUUGUCAUGUGCAGGGAGUGUGGCCUUCAUUUGGUGGCUUGUUGACUACCCGUCCAUGGUUUCUUUAAAAUGACAUUGAAAUGUGUAUGGCAUUCUGAUUAGAGAUGUGCAUGAGAAUCAAUUUACUGAAAUCAUCUUAACGUGAUUUGUAAUGCAGGAUUCAUGGGUUUCAGAAUAGUAUCAGUGAUGAAUUCCAGUAUGUCAGCAGUUCACGUUGUAAUUGCCAAUAUCAGUAUACUGUAAAAUGCUUGAAUGUGGGAUGUAUUAAAUGUUUGGAUUGAUUAGUCAACUGUAAGAAAUCCGAAUGUCAACAAUGAAUACUGAAGUUAAUAUGACAUUCUGUGCAGCUAAAUCUAAUCUCUGGACUGCAAUUCAGAUGUGGUUCACUUUUUUGAUGACCUUAAAUCUGUUUAAAUACAAAUAAAGUUUAUAUUUCACAAGUGUUAACCCA